AUGUCUACGAUCAGGCACGUUAUCAACGGGUCUCCGAAGUUUACUAAAGACCUUUGUCAUUCCAAUGGAGAUAGGGAUGGCUAUCACAAAUCUACUAUCCCUACAGUCGAAGAAGCCAUUCCAUAUUCACCAUUUUCGUCUAUCGUUCCAUUCGAUUCUGACCUAUUACCUAUGCCAUCAGUUGGCCUCCGAUCUUCAGUUUCUAUAUUUAAUGAGUCUACUGAACUAAUUAGUACAAGAAAUGGACUUGAAUUUCUCAACAGGGAGGCAGUUGAUCCAAAAAAAACAUCAGAAAUAUUAUUCAGGAGUCUCCAUCAACUCAAGGAACUUCUUCACCCAGCGGGCAUAACAAGAUAUAAAUUCAAAUCGAAACCGAGAUACAAUUUUGACUCAAAAGAUGUCGAAGAGCCACUCAUUUCUCUUUCACCUUUUUCACAGAUGAUUUUAGAUAAUACUUUUAUAGGCUUCUCUAACUCAACAUCUAUCACUUGUAAUAAUUCAAAAAGUAAUUCUGGAUUGAAACCGAAACCCUCACCAGCAAAAGCAGCAUCGCAACAGCCAUACUGUACUGCUGCCCGGAAUCAUCAACAGAACUUAUCGCCCAUUAAUUUUCAUUACCGGCCUCCUCAGAAAGCUUUAUCCAGUACAUUACCAACAACGUCACAGGAAUUCUGUCGCAAAAUUUCGAAUCCCAAAACUUGUGAAUCAUCAGAAUUUUCAGAUCAAAAGAAGGAGCUGGUGACUGACCACAAAAAGAAGAAAAACUAUGUUGCCGCAAUUAACACUCAGAAAAAAGCCAAUUUAAAUAAGAUAAAACUUGAUAAUUCUCCUGUCACAAAUUCCGAUGUGACUGCGUCUCCUCUAGUUUUAAUUCCACUUAAAACAUCUAAAGUGUUAGGGUCUGAAAAUCUUGAAUCUGUUGCUUCAGAGAAACAAAAUAUUAAACGUGAACCAUCCACGGCACAAUUACAUCAGCAGAAAGCCGAAAGAAACACGGGAAAUUCCGACACUUUAGCAACCGGUUGUGAUGAAAGGAAGAAAGCUGACAAUGCGCUUCACAUACUUCAAGAAUUUCUCCAAGAUAUAUUUGAGGAAGAGGACCAAUUUGAACCGUCAACACCGAGUCAGCUUUUAGCAACUAAUUUAGACGGCGGUGUGGGUAUCUGCAUUAACGCACACAUGAAAUUAGACCGGCUACUACAAGCUGUUAUUCAGCUCGGUAGAUUUUCUCAGGUGCAACUGGACGAUCUUAUCAGGAUACAAAGGCUUUGUGAAGGCCCUCUUAGAUAUGCAGAGUCUAUAGAUGUAAGCAUUGAUGAGAGGAUGAAAGAAAGAGAUUUAAGAACCUGGUCAUUGCGACUUUCUAGCGCAGAGCUUGGGCUCAGAUCCGCUCGCACAGCACUCCGCCUUAUGGCUGGAGGUAGAGAAGAAAUGCAGUUAUACUCUGUGGAUAUAAUUCAAUCUUCACUCAAAACUCUACAGAAUAUUGUCGAGAGGUGUAUAGUCCCAAUAGUCGAAAUGCGAAAUAUGGGGAAUACAGUUUUAUAUAAACAGCUUAUAGCUGAUAAAAUUCACUUACUGGGCUUGCUAAAGCAAUCCCAAAGGUUACUAUUCCUAACGGCUACAUUGGUCACCGAAAUGGAUCUAUCUGAUGGUGUACUAAAUGCGCUGGAGUACUUUGUUUCUAAGCUAUUUUUUGUCGAAAACGCGUCUACAGAGAAAGAGUCUUUUCUUGGGAUUUACAAAUUCGAUGGAUUACGCACCGCUGCUAUGGAGGUUCUUUCGAGAAUUUUUGCUAGCAAGCCAGCGCAACGUCGCGGGAUAUUUACAGAGUUCCUAACUUCUCUUGAGAAACUACCAGUCUCCAAGCAAAAUGCUCGUCAAUUCAAACUCGCCGAUGUUGGAAAUAUCCAACAUGCUUCUGUAUUAAUCAUGCGAUUAAUACAGAUUAGUGCUACUAAACCCAACGAUAAUAAAGAAAUGCGGCGUGCACGGGCUCUAAGAGAGAUACUUCAAAACACAGCUCCAGAUUCGAAAGAAGUGCGAGAAAAAGGAACUAAAACUAUUAUCAACUCGGAGACAAAGGGUGGACAAGAACCAGAUGCUGCUAAAGAAGAACUUGGAACCGUUGUUAAUCCUUUGAUGAAAGCUGCUAAAUCUGAUGCUACAUAUGUAAUUGAGUUUAUUGUGGCUCGAGCUACCAAUUCUACUAAAGGCAACGAUUCUCCGUUCCGUCAUCUGCUCGAUCUCUUUGUUCAAGACUUUAUCAGUUGUAUAGGUUUACCAGACUGGCCAGCAGCAGAACUCCUUCUUCGGCUGCUGCUAUUUAAGAUGAUAGAGAUAUCUAAAUCUACAAAAUCCUCAUCUCUAGCCAGAAAUAUUGCUUUAGAUAUGCUUAGUCAAAUGGGGCCAAAAAUAUCCGAGCUCCAUUUUCAGGCGCAGAAAAUGGCCAGAUCUGUUGAAUAUAGUCAGAGCGAACUUAGCAAUCAUUUGUCUAGAAUAGUGGAUCAAUUUUUUGAAAGGGCAACAGAGUCAAAUAAACAAAUAUUUAAAUCAAAUCUUCUGUCAUGGGAUAGUGGCCCAUUCCGUACUUGUAUAGAAUUCCUUGAGUCCCGCUCUACCGAUGAUUCGAGCUUGAACGCUGCUAUAGCUUACAUGAAGGUCGACUGGGCAACAAAGCUCUUAGAAUGCUUCGAUUACAUCGGGGAAAUGGAUGGAAAUUAUAAAGAAUUUGGGAGAUUAGCCUUUAGACUGCGAGAAAUGAUCGAUGAUUCUCAGUCGCUUAGCACGGAUUAUAGCUUCAAUAAUAAAGUCACUUCAACCGAAAUUCGCCUUGCUCAUACAUUAGUUUUAUUAGGAUCACCAUUCUGCCAGUAUCUGGAUCAUAUACUAAGUAUUUUUCUCUCCUCAAUGAACAGCGGCCAAGCCAUGGUCCAGGCUAAAAGCCUCAAAUGUCUGACUCAAUUACUUGAUACAGAUCCAGGCACCAUUGAUCGACAUCCAUGGGUAAAAGAUCAGAUGGUAGCCCGUUUAGAAGAUGUGUCUAGCUCAGUUCGCGAAAAUGCACUCGGCUUAAUUUCAAAGCUAAUAUCCUUACGGCCUUCACUUGAAUCAGAUAUGGUUCCUGAAAUAUUGAAACGUCUUAAUGAUGCCAAUGUGAGCGUCCGCAAACGUGCCAUCAAAUUAGUAAAGGAGGUUUACAUGCGUAACUAUAACUUUGCUAUUCGGGUCAGAAUUGCAAAAACUAUUCUUUGGAAAACAGGUGACGACGAGCCAGCGAUUCAGGAACUAGUUCGUCAGACUAUCGAGGAAAUAUGGUUUUCCCCCCUUUAUUAUUCUUCAGUCACCCAAGAAAUUUCUCCGCAACAUAGACUAGAUCGAGCAGAACUAGUUUCCCUGAUGGUCGAGACAAUUGAAACUCCUGAAAGGGUGAUGGACAAAUUAUUGGCAGAUAAAUUGGAUAAAGUCUUAACAUAUAUUGUAUCCCCAGCAUCGAAAUUUCACGAAUCAAACUCUGCUGUCUGCAAGGCUCUGGUAGAAAAUAUGUUUGAGACAGUAAUUGAUAACUCUUCCGGGACAUCUAACAGAGCUAAUUCCCGAAUUGGAUGCUUUCAUAUUCUUCAAGUUUUCGCGACAUCAAAACCGAAACUUUUUACCACUGAACACAUUCAGAUACUUCAUCCCUAUGUGGCUAACCUUUCAAGUACCGAUAAUGCUGCAAUAUAUAAUAGUGUAGUAAGGAUUUUCAAGCAGACUUUAUCACACCUUCGUGAUAUACAGGGAGAUCUUUUGGUAGCGAUUAGGAAUGAUCUAUUAAAAAGUCUAGCAAAAUUACGUGUUACGCAGCUUGAUGAUGUAAUAGCUUGUGUGUCGAUUAUUAGCAGAGCCCUUCAAAAUUUUGACAACCUAACAAGAGUGCUUAUUUCUGCGCUUGAAACAAUAAAUAAACUCAAGCUUGGCGAAAUAAAAGACGAUUCUAUCAAAAAGUUGUCCAAGCUUCUCCCAAUUGUUGGUCUUUUAGGCAAACAUUGUGACUUUGAUUCUCGCCGGUCUAAAUUGGCGGAAAAAUUCCCGCGCCUUCAGCAUGAUUCAGUUCCAAAACUCAUCACAGACACCAUUUCCCCUCUUGCCUCUCCAUCAUAUUCUUUAAAUCUCAGAAAGGCUGCAUUACAAGCUAUUGGAUAUGUCUGUUUCACGUGGCCCAAUAACUUCUCAUACGCUAAUGUGUUUACAUCCUUUGAGCAAGUUUUUGACGAAAAGCAGGCAGAUCUUGAAAUAGUAGUUAUGGAAGCUUUCAAGUUAUUUCUACUUGCAGAAGAAAGAAGAUCUGGCAGUGAAGAUUUUGAUACUGCUAAAACAGCGCCUGAUCCGAAGGCAAAGCUCGGUGUCAUGGGUGGAAGUCAAAGCGACGGAAUAGCCCUCGGAAUUGCACAACGGUUUCUACUAAAAAUAAUUACUGUCGCACUACGCUCUAAGGAUGAUAAAGAGACAUUUCUUGCAGCAGAAAUCAUAGCUAGUGUUGCUCGGCAAGGUCUUGUACAUCCUAAACAGACUGGUGUCGCACUUAUCGCCCUGGGAACUUCGUCUUGUCUUAACAUUGCUAAGCUUGCAUCCGAAGAGCAUACAGUUCUUCAUGCAAAACAUGAGACACUAUUUGAGAGAGAUUACAUGACAGCUGUGCAAACUUCAUUUGAUUAUCAGCGAGAUGUUGUUAAUGACACUCGAGGUGCUUGGCUAGAAACAGGUUUUGAGACCUCUGGAAUAGUCUAUUGUUCAAAGCUAUCAAGAAUGUUUCAGGUACUCAACGAUUUAAGUAAGCCAAAGACACGAAAAAAAUUCCUAGAAAAUUUGUGUUCGCAACUUGAUCGAAAUAAACCAAGAAAAGAUAUAACAGAAAAACAAUUAUCUAUCCGUGAAGAAACUGACCAUAUCAAAUUUUCACAAUUUGUUAUUGAGAACAUCGCAUUUUUCGAGUAUAAAUCUAUAGACGAAUUGAUUUUUACUAUCCAUACUAUAGAGCAGUUUGUUUCUACCGUAGGUUCGGAUGUUGCACAUAAUAUUGAGCAGGAGAUACUUCAAAACAGCUCCGAGCAGGGUUUGCAUGAAAGUAAUGCAACCUCAAAAAUCGAGUAUGAGAUUAAAAAUACCGAUCUCCUACGUUUGAAGCAUCUCACAACUAUUUCAAUGACAUUAGCUCUUUUGUGGGAAACAAGAUCUUAUCUAAGAAAUCAGUACAAUAUAGUUCCAAACAGACGCGAGGGUAAAAUUAAAAAUAUCAAGGACUUAUUGGCAAAACCAAGCAAGGCUUCAGGAGUAAACGGUGAUAAUUUUUGGCAAGAAUCAACGCAUAUUAUGAGAGCACUAGAAUCAGAGAAAGCCAUGAAAGCACAGUGCCAAAAGUUUGUAGAACUCUUACACUUUGAUCGUGACCUCAAAGUGGCAGCCGAAGGCGAUGAUGAUUUAGACACAAGAAAUACACCUGAUUCUGAUGAUAAUAGCAUUCCAGGCACUCCAUCUAUGACUGAAAGCACCCGUGUCAGAAAGAGAAAGAUUUCCAACCUUCCAGUCACCCCUAGUCGGAAGAAGCGUUAUAGAUCUAAAUGUUCUGGUAAAAGAGUAAAUACCAGUGUUGAGAGAAGCGACAACGAAUAUGGCUAUCAUUAA